CUCUAUGGCUGAGUUGGUGGCCCGGGUGCGGCUCAGCGACAGGACGUGGACGUGCAAGUACAAUACGAGCGGUCAUUUGGUCAUUUUGUACAAAGCCCAGUUGCUGUCGUUCAUUGAGUACAGAACUGUCCCCCGGUCCGGCAUGCUCGCGCUCUUCGGGCAGCACUACCUUGCCGCGCUGUACCCCAGCACAAGCAAGAUCAGUUUGAUGGACCUCCGGAGCGGCGGCAGCUCGGCGGGCACGUGGAGGCUGCCGAAGCCCAAGGGUGUCGGCGCGUGGGCGUCGAUCUGCGCCGGCAGGGAGUCCAUCUUUGCGAUGGAGGACUCGGAGAGCCCGACCCUGUGGCGCUUCACCCCCACGCACGAGCUCGAGGACUGAUCCCCGCAUGCGCGCGCGCGCGCGGCCGCGGCGGCGGCCCGCCACCCCCCGCGCCGCGGCGCCCUCGAGGAGGGCACCUGUUCCCUCGCCUUUGGGGCGGGGCCGCGCGCGCAGCCGAAAGCAGCACGACAGC